UGAGCCUGUGCCGCCUGGCGACCGACCGGUGGGCCGGCCCCCUUCUAGGCCGGGGGCCGGCAUGCUGCCCGCCUGGCCCAUUGUGCAUCUGCGCGCCCAGGGUUCGUUCUGCGGUUUGUUUUCCUACCCCGCCGACCGGCUGAUCGCGCGCGCCCGCGCGGCGUCAGAAUCUAUGCCGCCGCGCCUGCUUGGAGUGUGUGAGAGCGGGAGCCGCUGCAGGGGCUCGGCUACGUAAAUUAACACCCGCAGCGGCCGGCGCCUCGUGGCCCCAUCCUGGCUGCUUCGUGGCGUUUACAGCAUGAUGUGAGUGUGGUGUCACGUCGCAAAGGGGCCGUCUCGCCUUCUGCUUUCCUUUUCGGAUUUACUUUUGUAGGCGAGAGUGCAGUUUUCGGAAU